UCGGCCCCGAGGCUGGCGGCCCCGGAAGCACUCGCUCGCAGCCUCCACGCCUGGGGAGACGUGUAGGGGCCGGGUUCGGCCCUCGUUGAACUCUCACCCCAGCGCACAGGUUUCUUUUUCCGGGACAAGAUGGCGCCUUCCACGCCUCUGUUGACAGUCCGAGGAUCAGAAGGAUUGUACAUGGUGAAUGGGCCGCCGCACUUCACGGAAAGCACAGUGUUCCCAAGGGAAUCUGGGAAAAAUUGCAAAGUCUAUGCCUUUAGCAAGGAUGGAACCUUAUUUGCCUGGGGCAACGGAGACAAAGUAAAUACCAUCAGUAUCACUAACAAGGGACUGCUGCACUCCUUCGACCUCCCAAAGGCAGUUUGCCUUGAAUUCUCGCCAAAAAACACUGUUCUGGCGACGUGGCAGCCUUACACUACUUCUAAAGAUGGCACAGCUGGAUUACCCAACCUACAGUUAUAUGAUGUGAAAAAUGGGACAUGUUUGAAAUCUUUCAUACAGAAAAAAAUGCAAAAUUGGUGUCCAUCCUGGUCAGAAGAUGAAAUUAUUUGUGCCCGAAAUGUUAACAAUGAAGUUCACUUCUUUGAAAACAACAAUUUUGAUACAAUUGCAAAUAAAUUACAUUUGCAAAAAAUUAAUGAUUUUGUUUUAUCACCUGGGCCUCAGCCAUAUAAGGUAGCUGUCUAUGUUCCAGGGAGUAAAGGUGCACCUUCAUUUGUCAGAUUGUAUCAGUACCCUAACUUUGCUGGACCUCACGCCGCAUUAGCCAAUAAGAGUUUCUUUAAAGCUGAUAAGGUGACAAUGCUAUGGAAUAAAAAAGCUACUGCUGUGCUCGUGAUAGCCAGUACAGACGUGGACAAGACAGGUGCUUCGUACUAUGGAGAACAGACACUGCACUACAUUGCGACCAAUGGAGAGAGCGCAGUAGUGCAGUUACCAAAAAGUGGCCCCAUCUAUGAUGUAGCGUGGAAUUCCAGCUCCACCGAGUUCUGUGCCGUGUAUGGCUUCAUGCCUGCCAAGGCGACGGUCUUCAACCUGAAAUGUGACCCUGUGUUCGACUUUGGCACUGGGCCUCGAAAUGCAGCCUACUUCAGCCCUCAUGGACACAUAUUAGUCCUGGCUGGGUUUGGAAAUCUGAGGGGACAGAUGGAAGUGUGGGAUGUUAAGAACUACAAACUCAUCUCUAAACCAGUGGCUUCUGAUUCUACAUACUUUGCGUGGUGCCCAGAUGGUGAGCACAUCUUAACAGCCACGUGUGCUCCCCGGUUACGUGUUAACAAUGGGUACAAAGUCUGGCACUACACUGGCUCUGUCUUGCACAAGCAUGAUGUGCCAUCGAACGCAGAGUUGUGGCAGGUCUCCUGGCAGCCAUUUUUGGAUGGAAUAUUUCCAGCAAAAAGAAUAACUUACCAAGCAGUUCCAAGUGAAGUGCCCAAUGACGAACCUAAAGUUGCCACAGCUUACAGACCUCCAGCUUUGAGAAAUAAACCCAUCACCAAUUCCAAACUGCAUGAAGAAGAACCACCUCAGAAUAUGAAACCACACACAGGAAAUGAGAAGCCAUUAUCAAAAACAGCCCUUAAAAAUCAAAGGAAGCAUGAAGCUAAGAAAGCUGCCAAGCAGGAAGCAAAAAAUGACCAGAGUCCAGAUGUGGCACCAACUCCUACUCCGCAGAGCACAUCUUGGAACACCGUCUCCCAGGCAACUUCUGGUGACCCUGAAGUAGAUAAAAAAAUCAGGAACCUAAAGAAGAAACUGAAAGCUAUUGAACAACUGAAAGAACAAGCAGCAGCUGGAAAGCAGCUAGAAAAAAAUCAGUUGGAGAAAAUUCAAAAAGAGAAAGCCCUUCUCCAGGAGCUGGAAGAUUUGGAAUUGGGUAUUUAAAGAUUCACAGAAAGCAAGGUAUAAGCAUCCUCCCAUCAUUUGUGUAGAAUGUGAUGGACAUUCGAUCGGAGCAAUUUAUGAGUGCACGACUUCGGAAUGGACCCAGGACUGGACUGGUUGCCAGAGAGUAGCGCCAUUUGUAGUUCAACAUGUUGAUUUGUCGGUAGGACACUUGAAUAUUAAGUUGGCAUAAGAAAGACAUUGGGAUGUGUUAUGGAUGCAUUGUAUCCUUCCCAAAUUCCUUUGUUAAAGCCCAACCCCCAAUCUGAUGAUAUUUGGAGUUGGGGCCUAUUAUGGUUUAGAUAUGCUUUGUCCCCCAAAAGCUCAUUGUGAGACAAUGCAAAAGAGUGUAGAAAUUAAGUAGGUUAUAUGAGUCUUAACCUCCCCAGCACACUAUCUGUGGACAGGGAAUAACAGUGGUAACUAUAGGCAGGGAGGGUAGGCUGAUGGAUGUGGGUCCUUGAGGUGUGCUUUGGGGCUUAUAUUUUGCCCUAGUGAGUGGGGUUCCCUGCUUCCUGUCAUGUCCUGAGUUGCUUUUUGUUUAAGGUUUACCAUGUUUUCAUGAUUGGCACCUAGAAAGAAUCUACUAUUCAGACCCUCCCCACAUAAACAGGGGUGGAGAUUUUGCAGUCCUGCUGUUUUCCCUCUGUAUGUCACCACAGUUUGGAUUCUGCCAGUCUAAACACAUUUGGUAGGAUGCUCAUUGUUCUGUGGUAUCCCAAGCUCAAGCUCAUGAUAAAAUGGAGUACAAUGCAGCCUUUGCAACUCAAUGCUGGAAGACAGGGCUUGGCAAACUACAGCCCUUGAGCUAAAUCCUGCCCAACCCAGAGUAGAUUUCUAUUUCAAGUGGUUGAACAAUCAGAAUCACUUAGUGAGAUUCAGAUUUCAGUCUCUGCCCAUGACAUUGGGGCCAACACAGUCAUGCGUACCCCUUAACACACUGUCCACACUGCUUCUGCCACUGCUGCAGAGUUGCAUGGUUGCAACAAAUUGUGUUCUUGCAAAACCUGACACAGUGACUCUCUGUACCUUUACAGAAAAAUUUACUCACCCUGUGUAGAAUACAAAAUAACACGAAAAUAAUCAUCCUUAUGCAGGUGUUGCACCCCCUGUGAUCUCUACCAGUAAGCAAGAAGUGAGAUUGCUGGGUCUUGUCA